CCACUCACAGAGUACAUCAUAAGACCUGUGAAGAUUGUCAUAUUGUCUUCGUUAUUACGUGUAUAUUUUAGUAGGUUGUCAGAAAAAAUUAUAGAAAAGAAGGUAGACAAAUUGAAAAUAAUAUCACAAAAUAUUCAAGAUGAUCACUGACGUACAACUUACUGUUUUCUGUAAUAUGCUUGGGAUCAUGUUAUUUUGUCUAGUCUUUCUAUUUCAUUACAUAAAUGCGAAUUAUUCAAAAUGAAUGAACAUAUCAUUUCAAUAAAUAAUAUAACAAUAUAUAGGUUAAUCGCAAAUUAUGCAGUCCAACUAUUGCAUGCUAUACGAUGUAAAUCGUUUUAAUAAUAUAAUAUAACAUUGAAUAAAUUUUAUUCUUAUACUAUUCCUUCCCUGUAACAGCAUUAAUUAUUUUUAUCGAUCUUCGACUCCGAAUACUAGUCUGUUACCGAACAUGCAGUUCUGUCAAAGUAAAAAAGUUUAACUUCAACAUUUUUCAUUAUUUAUAUAUAUCAUAUAUUUAUUUAUGAGUUUAACACUGUGAAUAUAUUUAUCAUAUAAUAUUCUUAUUUAUUAAAGAUAAAUGUACUAGUAAAAGAAUUUACUUAUCCAUUAGCAUUUACUUUAUGCAUAAUUCUUAUAGCUUAUAUUCUAAAACAAAAUCUUAGUUUAAGUUAAAUAUGAAAUCGACAUACAUAAUAAUGAUGUUAAAGGCAACAAAUUGAGAAGUAUACUGAUAUAUAUAUAAGAUAGAAGAUAUUCAUAAAUAUUUUAUCCAACAUAAUAAUCAUUACUAAAGCUUAUUUUCCAUUCGUCUAUUUCUGAUCCUUUAAAAAUAUAUUAAAAUUUUUUAAUAUUUUGGAAAUAUUUUGAUUUUAUAUUCUUUUGACAAACAAAGACAACGGUAUAACAAAGACGACAAUGAUGAUAUAAGCAAGAAUGAAUCAAGAGCACAAAAACAAGGGUGGCACAUUAAAGCGAUGAAAGAAAAAUAACCUUUAUUUGAUUUUCACUUAUUGGAAGCCAUAAAUACGAGUUUAAAGCAAUAUUACGAAAGCGAAUCGUGUGUAGUAGGGGAUACAACUUUAAAUACGUUCGAAUAAAACAUUACUCGCGCUUCUUUAAAGGGGGAAUCGCGUUCUUAAUUUGCAUGAAAUACGCGAAUACAUUUUAGUUUGUAACCAUUCACGCGUUAAAGGAGAUAUACGAAAGGCGGUCUACGAACGUUUAUCAUUAAACUUGACGAUUGUCUGGCACUUUGUUCGAACAAGGGGAACGAUGAAGAGAAGAGAAUUGAAUUCGAGCUGUGAAAUUCAUCGAUAUUCUUGCACAGAUGUCUUUCGUCAUUGAAAUCGUUAUCUUGAAACGUGUCAUAGGCACCAAUGAAAAAUUACCGCGUUCAUAGUUUUUCAUUUCAAAUCGUGUGAAAGUGCCUGUCGUCAUAAGAUAAACGAGGAUGCGAAUGCAAACAUCAGUUUAAACUGUAGAGGAAUGGAUUCCAUCAUGAUUAAGCAUAAUGCUGGAACAUAUAUUAUCGAGCAAAGUUCAAAGGAUCUUAUUUGGAAGACAGUAAAAAUUAGCGAUGGCAAAUUCUCGUCCUUUUCUGAUUUAAUAGCAAACACAUCUUAUCGAUUUCGUUUGAGUAGAUUAAUACGACAUGGUGUAUCUCGAUCAGAAGUAUCAGAUUGGUUUUCGACUUACGACAUUAGUUAUGUACCGAAGAAAGUUUCGAACGUGUCUUUGUUGAAAAUAGAAAUAGAUAAAACCGAUGUGUGUCAACUUUCUGCAGACAUUCGUUUCGAGCCAGCAGAUGAUUUGAGUUGCGAUUAUAAUAUUUUGUAUUGGCAGUACGAACAUGAUUUAAGACAUUUUGUAAUUCGAAAGGCUCCGACUUUUCGUUUCCAUCUUAAAAAUUUAGAAUUUGAUCGGAACACAACGAUAUAUAUUUCCUCUGUGAACGGUGGCAAUCAGAAAUUCAGCGAUCAAACGACCUUAACAUUUGUCACACCUUCUUGUUUGGAAACACAUAAUAAUUUAAGAAUUUGCCCUCCGCAGAAGGUCGAAGGACUACGCGUAAUAGAUAUUUAUAAACAUGAUGGUCUUUACGAUGUUACCGUUAAUUGGGAUAAACCUAGCAAAGAACCGGAUAAUUAUACGAUUCAAUUGGAAACGUUUCGAGAAAAUAAAAUACUUCUAACGAUACCUGGGAAUGCAACUGAGGCUCAUUUUUUAAAUAUAAAAUUGGAGCAACAAUAUCAAGUUAGUAUUAUCGCUGAUUCCGUCGGUGGUUCUAGUCCUAUAUCUUGGAAGAUAAAUGAUUGUAGUGUACCGAUAGUAAAUGAAUACAGUCUUUAUCAAAAAAUCAUGAUAUCGUUAGCGAUUUUAAUGACGGUCGUGAUAUUGAUGAUAAUUUGCAUGUACCUGUUUAAACGAAGAGAAAAACUAUGUUGUAUACAAUAUACGAAUUUUCGGGUUUUGAAUCAAAAAGAAUUUCCUACGAAUACACUUAAAUUAUUGCAAGAAGAUAAGAAUGUGUCUAAAGAUGAAAAAGUUACUUUGCCAUUGGAUAAGUUUGAAUUAUCUCCGAAAAAAUUAAAAUUAAGAAAUAUUCUUGGAAUUGGUGCUUAUGGGAUCGUCAGACUUGGAACGCUUCAAGAUGAUUUCGGUAUUGUUAUUAACGUGGCAGUUAAAGGGCUUAAAGAUAAUCCAACUGUGGAUGAUAUAAAUAACUUUUAUCAAGAAAUUCAGAUUAUGAAAUCAGCUGGUAAACAUCCAAAUAUAGUUUCAUUGAUUGGAUAUUGUACAAUAUAUAACAAACCAUUGCUGAUUGUGGAAUAUUGCUGCAACGGUGAUCUACAAACUUAUUUGAGAAAGAUAUGGAAAAAUACGAUGAAUGGUGUUUUCGAUCAUAAAUCGCAAUUUACAUUUGAACAAUGUUUUCAUAAUUAUGAAAAUGAUCAAGGUAAUCGAAUUGUUGAAAAUCGUUUAUAUGAUAUUCAACAAGAAUACGUAACCGCGAUCGAUUUACUAAAUUUUGCAAGGCAAAUCGCUAAUGGAAUGGAAUUUUUAUCUACCAAUCGAAUAGUGCAUCGUGAUUUGGCUGCACGAAAUAUAUUGGUAUGCUCUGACAAUAUUGUCAAGAUUUCAGAUUUUGGUCUUAGUCGUGAUAUUUAUCAAGAAAAUGUUUACAAGAAAGAAGGAAGUGGUAAAUUGCCAUUAAAGUGGAUGGCGAUCGAGGCUUUGACGCAUCAAAUAUACACAACUCAUAGUGAUGUAUGGUCUUUCGGUAUUUUGUUGUGGGAAAUAGUCACAUUAGGUUGCACUCCAUAUCCCGAUGUACCUACGAAUAAUAUCUUGAAGCUUUUAAAAACAGGAUAUAGAAUGGAAAAACCUUCAAAUUGUGGAGAAAAUUUAUACAAUAUAAUGUAUUCUUGUUGGCAUCUUAGGCCUCAAAGCAGACCGACUUUUAUGGAAUUGAAGAAAAAUCUAGAUACGUUACUUAAUAAUUGGACUGACAAUAAAUAUUUAAAUUUGAGUUAAAGAUUACAAAAA